AGAGCGGUGGGCAGCUCCUGGCGCUCACCUGGAGGGUCCCCUCUAGCGGCCGCAGGAAGAACGUUGGAGCCACCUUCGUCCCCAGAGGAUUGCUCACGUACAUCUGCGCCACAGGUGGACUCGACUUUAGUAGCCUGCCAGGGCUCCUCCCAACAGAUGUGCUCACAGCCACCUCCAGGGCUUGUCUGUGGUCCUGCGGUUCCCACCAGCUUCCCUGCAGAUUUUGAAACGGCUCUAACGAUUGGCCAACAACUUUACACGAUAAAGAAAAAGAAGACACCAUUGGCUAGAGUCAGCUGGCAGGCCUCCUGUGACUCGGAAUGUUAGGCCUGUGGUUGCCAUAGCGACUGGGAGGCUGGCCAGAUAGACUAGGUAAGAGCCAGCGCAGCCUGGGUCCGUGGGGUCGUGCGGAGGACCAGCGCCGCGCCCAUGGAACACCACUGAGAUCUCCAGACUCGGGUGGUUAGAAGAUGUAGCAGAAGUUCCCCCCAAACAAAUGGAACUUACCUCAGAACUCUGCUAACAUGAACAACUAUCCACAGAGCAAUGAACACCUUGGCAACCAUUCCAAACGUGCCAACAGGCCACCAAAAGGUUUUGCUACCGCAUAUCCGGCACAUUCUUCCAUUCCUUUUAAGUUUCAACCUUCAGCAGCUCCAGAAUCAGAAAAGAAGGGAUUUAACAGUCAAGCUAAGAGAUUUUAUCAUAAAACGAACAACAUCCCUGGCCCUGGGUUCUACAAUGUCAUCCACCAGUCUCCAGUGUUCAACAGCGUCUCACUUUCCAAGAAAGGAACAGGCACCUUUCCCUCUAUGUGUGCCCGGCUGGACACCAUCAUUUCUAAGUACCCUGCUGCGAAUGCAUACAACAUCCCAUCUGAGCUGGUUUCAAAGAAGGACUUCAGUACUUCCUGUUCCAGCAUGUUCCAGUUGCCAAGUGUCAUGAAAGCGGUCAAAUUUGAAACGCCUGCCCCGAACCAUUACAAUGCCUCCCUCUCUUGCUGCAAGCAGAGAAACAAUGUCUCUGCUCGAGCUGGGUUUAUGUCCAAAACACAGAGAGGAUUCUUCCCUGUCACCGGAGUGGGGCCUGCGCCAGGGCAUUACAAUAUCAACGACUCCCUUGUGAAGCAGUCGCCAAAAAUCCUAGUGUCCUGCUUCAAAUCAAAAACUGACCGUGGAUUGAAACUGACAUCAACAGGCCCAGGACCUGGUUAUUACAACCCAGACGUUAGCACCAAAGUUCUGAAAAAAUCUCAUGUCCCGAAAGUCCAGCUCCUGAACUUCUCCGCCCAGCCCCUGCCUCUGCCCCCAAAGCCGCCCCUCCCAGGCCCUGGUCAGUACGACCUCGUGGACUACGAAGGUCCCCCCAAGCAUUUCAUCUCCAGCGCGUCAUUUGUGUCCAACACCAAACGGUGGCCAGUGGUGACAUCCCACGCAUCCCUGCCUGGCCCAGCCACAUACAAGCCAGAGCUCCCAGGGAAGCAGUCCUUCCUCUACAAUGAGGACAACAAAUGGAUCCCAGUUAUGUAGAGAUGCCACAAGAGCUCAGAGAGAAGCCAGCCAGCUCCCUGCUUCCCGCUCCCCGCUCCCAGGACGUCCAUUAGAACAUGUUUCCUUAGUCACUGUUCCAGGGUCACAGCACAGCUAUUGCAUUUGGAGCUGCCACCUGGAAAUUGCCCACCCCUGCCCGCUCUGGCUUUCUUGAGCAGAAAGAAGGAGGUGACAGAGCCCUCUGGCUACCUGCCCUGUACCUGCUCAAGCUGGCUCGAAUGACUGCCCUCCAAGAGCUGUGGGUUCCUGAGGCAGAACCCCCAAUGUACUGACAAGACAGUGUGCGGCAGAUUCCCUUUUAGAAGCUGGAGGUCAGCCAGGGCUCAAGAGCCCAGAGUGUGCCCACGCCUGGUCCAUCCAUCAGCUCUGACUUCCACAGCCCUCCGUGACUUCUAGAAGUCAGGAAAGCCCAGGGGCACCUGUGACGUUGACACAAGGGUAUUGCCUGCUCCCAGCUACACCUUGGUACUGCAUCUUCAGGAACAACAUGGAAGCCAGUCACAUGGUCACCUCUACAAGUCACCCACCUCCAGAGAGGCCGGCCCAUUGUUUUAUAGAGUGCAUUGGACAGCAGGUGAGGCAGGAGCCUCCUGGAGCCACAGACCUGGAAUCAUAGUCCAUAAGGAAGAGAGGUCCCCUGUGUCCUUUGCCUGAAGGUUGUCUUCCCCGACCAUUCCACUGCUUGGUCUCCAUCGUCUUCCAGCAGCCCCUCUCCAGCGUCACAGCAAGCCUUUCUCAUCAAGCUGGACAAGUUCUUUAGCAGCUCUUGUCUGGCCUGUCAAAUAUUUUUUCCUUCUGCCAGAGGGAGAGGUUGCCAAGAACCAAGGAGAAAUAACCAUACAUCCUCUCCUUCCUCAGAUAUCAGUGUGUCAGUCAUUUUCCUAAAUGGGAGUCUUGGGCUCCCCUUCGCCUCCACCAGUCCUCAACGCCCCCUCCCCACACAUGCCGUCCAGGCCCCUCACUUCCGGUGGCCUCUCCCUGAUGUUUUGGACUGCUGUGUCCUGGGCCUCCUAUCACAGCUGGCAGAUGAUCGCCUCUCCCUCUUGGAGGAGUGGGCAAGAAAG